CUUCGUGAAAAAGUUACCACUGGCGUUACUACUGAUGGAAGUACUGCCUUGGCAAGUGUAAUUGCUGCUUGCAGAAGGCUUUUCUCUCAACCUCCCAAAGGAUUUGAAAAGUAUUUUCCCAAUGGGAAGAAACCUAAUGGAACUAAAGGUACAGCUGGAGAAACAAAAGAAACAAAGCAAGCUAGUGCCCGACAGCCUGGUGGGACUAGUAGUGGAGGAGGUGGCAGUGGUGGGAAAAAAGGUGGCAAGAAAGAAGAAACUAAUUGGUGGACCAGAUUACAGAAGGGUGACAUUCCAUGGGAUGUCAGGGAGUUCCGGAUGUACGUAGUGGGAAGUUCUUUUUUCUGGACGAUGGUUGUCUAUUACUUCUUCUUCAGGGUCCCUGGGAGAGAAAUCACCUGGAAAGACUUUGUCAAUAACUACCUUUCUAAGGGAGUGGUGGACAGGCUUGAGGUGGUGAACAAGCGCUUUGUUAGAGUGAUCUUUGUUUCAGGAAAGUCCCCUCAUGAAUGGCAGUACGUCUGGUUUAAUAUUGGUAGUGUGGACACUUUUGAACGGAAUCUUGAAACUGUGCAGCAAGAUCUGGGAAUAGAGGUGGAGAACAGAUUGCCUGUAGUCUACUCAACAGAGAGUGAUGGAUCAUUUCUCCUGAGUUUGCUGCCUACAAUCCUGAUUAUUGGUUCUUUACUGUACACAUUAAGAAGAGGCCCUGCAGGCUUAGGUCGAGCAGGGCGUGGAAUGGGUGGACUUUUCAGUGUGGGUGAGACCACAGCCAAAGUCCUUAAGGAUGAAAUAGAUGUUAAAUUCAAAGAUGUAGCUGGCUGUGAGGAGGCCAAAUUAGAGAUAAUGGAGUUUGUUAACUUUCUGAAAAAUCCCAAACAAUAUGAGGAUCUGGGAGCAAAAAUUCCAAAGGGGGCAAUUCUGACAGGUCCUCCAGGCACUGGGAAAACACUUCUAGCUAAAGCUACAGCUGGAGAAGCUAAUGUACCGUUUAUCACAGUCAACGGCUCAGAGUUCUUGGAGAUGUUUGUUGGUGUGGGUCCAGCUCGA